AUGGCUGGAACCACCAGCAGACAGGGAAAGGUGCACCCACUGGAGACUGGAUUCAGCCUCGUUGGGAGGGAAACAGUCCAGAAGAACCGGGUUCCUGGCCUCAACGGCUCCAUCUUGGCCACAGCUGGGGAACCUGGACACGGAGUGGCAGCCUUUGGCCAGGCCAGGGUGACACGCGGCCAGGCUGUGCAGUCUCGUCUCUCUCAGCUCUGCCCCCGGGUUUCCAUCACAGGCUCUCACGCGCUGUGCCUCUUAGCUCUGGACCCAUGUCCCCUGAUGCUCCUCCUAAAUCUGAACUCGGCAGCCUCUGUGGGCACCUGUUUCCUGCUGGGCAGGUUUGGAAACCGUGGGCUGGCGGCUGGGCCGACAGAGCAAGGGUCUGAGACUCAAGUCCUGGAGGAAAGGGAGUUAGAGGCCAUGAAGGCCGUGGCUCAGAGACAGUCAGGCUGA